CUGGUCUGGGUACAUUCUACCACUGUGUCUUUGUCUGCCGUCGAGUCGGGAGCUCCGCGUCUGGUGUGUAGUAUUAUUAUUAAUCUGAUUAUUCCGCAUUAAAUUCAAUACCCCGCCCCAAUCGCCUGCAAUAAAGAUUGCCCUAGUGCGUGUUUGUGAGUGUAAAGUGCAGUUAUGUUGGGGCAGCCGAUGCAAAUAAACCUGUGUCUAUACCAGAAAAGCACAUAAUUUUUAGCCUCAUCAUCGUGUUUUGAAACGCCAAGUAGCAGCGUAAUGGCCAAAAAAAACCAGCCAGCCAACAAUAAAGCGUUUCCAUACAUACAAUAUUUUAUUGCUGGUUUUGGUGGUAAAUUUGCAUUGUUAACGGCCGCGGCUAGACGUGCCCCGCUUCUUUAACACACACGUCUCUCAAACGAAUACCGAUCAUCAAGUGUUUCCCCUAUUGACUCUCGUAUAUAGCCACAUGUAAAAAUCAAAAUAAGAACCAACAAAUAGCGAUACUGAUACCGAAAGCAACUAAACCGAAAGUGUAUACUAAAUACAAGCCCCGUAUGUACCACAUAAGACUGUCAUCUGCCCCUUGCGUUGCCGUGCCGUUGACAAUUUUUGUAUCUGGCCCGUAUCCGUAUCUGUACCUCAAUCUCACUGACCAACUACCGCAAGCGCAAAUGCAAAUGUUAUCUGCAAACUGCAAAACGCAAACUGCACACACCUGAACCUCAGCUCAGCUCAACUUUUAAACGUUUAAUCCUCGAACUGCCUUCAAAAACCAAAAAAACGAAAACCAACCAACCUAUCAGCCAACCUGAACCGAUCAACAAACCAACCUAUCAACGGUCUACCGCAACUGGCAAACCAAACGGCUUUAGUUUCUGUGUGAAAAAAGAAAAAGCCCAAAGAAAGCAAUCGCCCAGUCGAAAGUCGAAUAGCAACAUCAGCAGCAAAAGUAACAAGAACAAAAACAACAACAACAGCCACUGCAACUGCAACUGCAACAUCGGCAGCAGCAACAUCUGCAGCGGCAGCAACAUCUGCAGCAGCAGCAACAACUGCAGCAGCAUGUUGAAUUCGAAUGCCAGCAGCGGCAACUUGGGCAACGGCAGCAACAACAACAACAACAAUCAUGGGGGCAGCAGCCGACGUCCCUUCUCCCGCAAUUCAUCAUCGGUCCGCUCGCAUCGCGGCGGUGGGGGCGGUGUGGGGGGUCGCAUGCUCUACUCGCCACACCCACAUCCGCACGCCCACGUCCAGCAGCAGCAGCAACAACAACAACAACAGGGACAGCAGCGGUCGGGCAACAACAACAGUCUAUUGUCUAACCACAGUCCUUGGUGCAAUUUAAACGGCGGCAACAACAACAACAACAAUAUCAACGGUGGCAACAUCAACAGCAACAAUGUCAAUAACAAAGAUGCAAAUCCGAAUUGCGAUGUACAAACAAGUAAUUCUAGCGGAACUUGUAUUUAUAACAAUAGCAAAGCGCAUCAUCAUCACAACAACAGCAACAACAAUGGUCACACUCAGAGCCACAGUCACACUAAUCAUACCCAUUCCCCCCCACACCAAACUCACCACCAACAGCAUCCCCAAAUGCACCCCCAACACCACCUCCCGCAUUCGAGUCCACCACACCAGCAGCAGCAUCAGUAUAACAACAGUUACCGCCAAUACCCACCGCAUUCUCCGAACUCCCCAAACAGCAACGGGCAUUCGAAUAGCAACAACACUAGCAAUCCGAGUAGUCAGCGUUCCCAUGCCAAUCCCAACCAGAAUUCCUAUCCCGGUUACUAUGAGAUGUGUUCGGGAAGUAGGGGACCACAGACCCACACCUAUGGAUCCAUGUCCGUUUCCCUGGUGCGAUUGAAUCCCGCCCGUUUGUGCCUAACGCUGGGACCUGCCACGCCUCCCGCCCAGCGAGUAGUGUCCUUCGAAACAAGUAGAUCCCAUUCCAGUUCCAGUUCCAGCUCGAAUUCCAGUGAUCAGAACCAGAACCCGAAUCAGAAUCAUUUUAACCCACCGCCACGUAGUCAGAACCAUCAUCCACAUCCCAAUCCACAUCAGUACCAAAACCAAUACCAUCCACAACACCAAUACCAUCCAUUGCAUAAUCCACAGCAACAGACUAAUCGCCAAUCCCUCCCGCUAACACGAACGAAUUCAAAUUCAAUCAACGCAACAACUUUCAAUUCAAUCAAUCCAACAACAAAUAGUAAUCCUACUGAUGUUGUGAAUGUAAAUUCUUGUACCGAUAUAAUUCCUCAUGGGUCUUCGUCAACGUCUGCGUCGUCGAUGCUGCCCCAACAACAACAUCAAAUUAAUAACGCAUCCGCACCCAUCAAUAGCCACAGCCAGGGACAGGGUACCGGCAAUUCGCCCAAUCUUGGCCACAAUCACCAGCGUGGCUACAACAACAACAACAACAACAACAAUCGGGGAAUCGGUAAUGGAAUCGGCAAUGGCAAUGCGAACGGACCACCCGACUACAUUUACUACCGACGCGGCGUGUGUCCUGCCCUGUCGAGGGACUACUCCGGUAAUGGGAAUAAUGGAAACGGACACGGUCACAACGGCAGACGGUACAUGUCCGAUCAUCUGAACAACGCCUCCUCAUCCAUGAACGGCCUUCACCAGCGCAACUACAACGACAGGAACUUGAAUAAUCACUUUGGCAACUCGGAUCAGGGUGGACCAGACCAUCGGGAUCGAGCCGAGGGCUCCUCGUAUAACUUUAUGCGCAAUGGCGGCGGCAGCGGAGGAGGCUAUGGCCGCAAUGGAUCGCACUACCAGCACAUGUCUUAUGGGAACAACAAUGGUGCCUCUACAUCCGCCGGUGGUCCCGGAUUAAUGGGCGAUUUGCCCUCGGGAUCGGGUCUGUCGGGCUCCUCGCUGUCGCUCAACAACGGACCGGGAGGCCUCAACUCGGACAGUCCGUCGCGCAAGCGUCGUCGCAUUUCCGGAAGGCCACAGAAUGGUCCGCAGACCCAACACAGGUGCCUCAUGGCUCAGAUGCAACAGGGCAGUCCACCGUUGCGUCGUCCGCGUUUGCGGGAUGUGGCCACCUCCACGCAGCAGCAGCAACAGCAGCAGCAGUAUGGCCAACAGCAGGUGCAUCAUCCUCAGCAGCAGCAGCAGCCGCCUUCCAACUACCACCCGAUGCACCACCACCAGCCGCAGCAACACUACGUGCCCCAGCAGCAACAGCAGCAGCAGCAACAGCAGGUGCCGCCACCGCCGCCGCAUGUCCAGCGAUCUCCGUGGGAUUUGGGCGGCAGCGGGGGAAGCGGCGGAGGAGCUGCGUCGAGCAGCUCGGUGGGUCCAAUUCUGCAGCAGGUGCAGGCACCGCCGCAGCCACCGGGUCACCAGCAAACGGUGGGCUAUCCGCCGGCACCGCCGCAACCCGCCUCCCUGAUGGUGGACCUCAAUCUCAACCAGGUGCCUGUGAGCCUGCAGCUCCGUCCGUCGGAGCCUUUCUGGGCCUCCUUCUGCACGUAUCCCAUACCGGCGCAGGCCAGACUGGCACCCUGCCACCUGCACGGUGUCUACACGCAGCCCUUCCCCGCCGCCCCACCGCCAGGAUUGGCUGCUCCCCAUCCGCUCCAAGUGGCUUCGGUGCCAUCGCAGGCGCAAAUGGCCGCCGCUGCUGCGGCCGCACAGCAAAUGAUUGCCCAGGCCACGUUGACUGCUCAACAGCAACAGCGAGAUGUGGUGGCGAUUGCCACAGCUAAUCUGGGACCGAUUGAGGCGCCGGGUGCCAAUCAUUUGGACGGUCAUCAUGGCCCCGGCGGACCCGGUGCCCACGGACAUCCGCACACGCAUCCGCAUGCCCAUCCACACGCCCAUCCGCAUGCCCAUCAGCUGCCGCCGGGCAUUCACAUCACACCGCUGAGCGGAGCGGCUGCGGCAGCCGCCACCCACCAUCUACAUUCCACGGCGGCAGCUGCAGCGGCCGUCGCCGCCCAGGCCAGCGCCCAGCUGUCCGCCGGGCCGCAGCAGAUCAUCAUCUCGUCGGAGCGACGCACAUUCCCGCCCCACCGCCGCAUACCGCGCUUCUGGCCGGCGAAUCAUGGCCAUCGCCAUGUCCUGCCGCCACAAUCGCUGGCCGCCCACCAAGCGCCCGUGCAGAUUCAGGCCACCUCGGGCAUCAUCAACCCGGGCUUCUUGCUCAACUUCCUGGCCAUGUUCCCGCUAUCGCCGUACAACCAACACGAUCUGAGCUCCGGCGACACCAACGAAACGGAGAACUACGAGGCGCUGCUCAGUUUGGCGGAGCGAUUGGGUGAGGCCAAGCCAAGGGGAUUGACCCGCAAUGAGAUUGACCAGUUGCCCAGCUACAAAUUCAAUCCGGAGGUGCAUAAUGGCGAUCAGUCAUCCUGUGUGGUGUGCAUGUGCGACUUUGAGCUUCGCCAGCUACUGCGUGUCCUGCCCUGUUCCCACGAAUUCCAUGCAAAGUGCGUGGACAAAUGGCUAAGGUCGAACCGCACGUGUCCGAUUUGCCGAGGAAAUGCGUCGGACUAUUUCGAUGGCGCCGAUCAGCAGCAACAGGCGCAGGCGAGCUCAGGAGCAGCUUCCGCUUUGAACAGCACUUCCGGCGGAAGCGGAAAUGCCGGAGUGGCGGGUACAUCCGCCGCAGCGGCAGCAACCACCGCCAACCCCCAGCAGAGCCAAGCGGCCUAGAUCUGUCGUGUUAUUCCACAAACACACCCACACCCACACACACACACACCUCCAGCUUUUUGGCUUUUCCGGACGAUGAGUGGACGAGGUGGUGCCGGAGUUUUUCGGGGUGGAAAGGAUUGGUCUUUUUCGGCCGGGGGAGCCACACCACCCACCCGCCAUCACUUGAUGUAUCGCGCAACGAAUCCAACUGCCAAACCGUCGAAGCUUCCUCCUCAGCUAGAUACCUUUGCCCAACUCGGCCAAAAAAAAGAAUAAAUAACAACAAACAAUCCACAACCUCUCGCCAACCACGCGCAACUCGCCGGCUCUUCAAUAGCUUGUCUUAGACAUUAGUUUAUAUGUGAGUAAUGGUAACCGUAUUUAGGAGUAACCUAUAUAUGCAUACCACCAAGAUUUCAACUAAAGUUUAACUGCGUAUAUAUAAAUAUAUAUAUUUGUGUGUAUAGAGAAUGAUAAAGCCGUAAAACAAGUGUCUGUAUAUAAGCCAAGAUUUGCACAAUAUUCAUUAUAGAUUUUCUUUGCCUUUCACACUCGAGGAUAUCCUAUAAUCCAUUUGAAACAACUAAAUAUGAACGAGGCAUAAAUAAAUGUAUUCAAGUGCUUGGCAACGGUCCCUCAAAGUUCCUAUAAUUUUGGAAGGUGUUCAGAAGAGAUGUAAUAGGGCUUUGAGAUGCCAUUGCCAAAUCAAAAUAGUUUCUCUUGAAUUGUUGCUGUCCAAACGCAUACCUACAAAAAAAACUCUAUAUUAUAAAGAAUACGUAUUUAGGCAAGCGGAAUAUUUGUAACUUGGAUUUGUGUUUCCUGCUUGAAUAUUUGCAGCUUCCUCUUUGUAUUUUAUAAUUACUACCAUUACUUUAGUUUUUUUUAACAACGUACUAUAUGUAUCCUUAUACGACAUACAUAGAAACCAGCAUAAAUAUAGUGCAUUGCAUUUUAUACUAAUUGUACGAACUGAACCCACUGAAGAAGUUCUUCUUCUUGCACUAGCAAAAAAAACAAUAACAAAAAACAAAGAUAGAGAGAAAAUUAUCUUAAAAAAGGAAGGAAGAAGAGAUCGUAUAUAUAUUUUUUUCGUUUCUACUGUUUAAAAAUUGGUAACUAUAAACGGAAGCAACUAACCUUGAAACAUAUAAGCAAUCUUUGAAAUCGACUAAACCAGAUGAGCGAAGGACGAUAAGCGUUUCAGCAAAUAUACUAUAUAUAUAGAUGCAUAUACACACACACACACACACUAACAGGAGGGAAAACCAACCACAUAAGAAUUUAGCAUACAGGCAUAGAAACAUAUGUAUAUUGGUGGGCUUAUUAAUGUAUUUGUAGUAGAUGUGUGCGUAAUUAAACAUAAUGCAAUCGCAAUGAAAACACAAAUAUCGUUAUAUCGUAACCAGACUUUUCCAGGGCCAGCGUUCGUGGGUGGUGACCUCAACCGCCCCUUUUGCCAGUCCAUCCACUUCCGUAGUACUUUUGCCUUUUGAACUGUAACGUCUGUAGCUCUAAACACACAAGCAUUAACAUACAUACAUAAACACCUUAACCUCCUUAAAUGUGACUUGUCUAUUAAAAGAAAUUGCAUCAGAUGCGAGUAUUACGAUUAUCAUAUAUACACACACACACACACGCCCAGAUAUACAUACAUAUAUAGAGAGUUUCCUUCUGAUAUAUGCGAUUCAAGCGAACUACGUGCACUAGCCUUUGAAGCCGAAGAACGAAUGCAAACAAUUUUUACCAAUAUACAUGUACAAGUACGAGUACCAUACAAUAAUUAUCGAUAUCUAUCUACCGAUCGGUAAGCACAUAACCAAUUAACGUGGAACUAAACCAAACGAGAAAUGAGAAGAACAAGUAAAUUGAAAUGAUUCCUGCCCUCCAUUCGUAUUAAAAACCAUUGAAACUAACUCAACUUUUUAUAGCAUAUAUAUACUAUGGAUAGCAUUGAUUUUUUGUGAGAGAAACGAUAUACAUAACACUAGUUUAGCCUGUUCGGGAGGGCCGUAAGCCGUAUCUAUUGGGUCAUCCGUUGCUUAUAGCGAGAGUUUGCAGCACUUUCCCUGCCCAGAGUCAGAGUCCCAACUCUCCGUUCUCAAAUCCUUACUAAAGCUAUGCAUUACUGAAAUCUUGAUACCUAGUAUAUGUGUAAACGUGUGUGUAUUUAUUAUGCACGGUACUCGCAAAAUUCAGGGAUAUUUUGUAAGCCUUUUCAUUAAAUGUUCCGUCUGUCCGUCUUGGAAAUAAUAUAUAAAUCUUGUAUGCCCUCUUGAUACAAAUAAUUAGAUUUCCUUCAAACCGAAGUAAUACCUUACUUGGGAGUAAACUCUUUACCAAAUUUGACCAUUUCUUUUUAACAACUUUGAAUGUUUUUAUGCCAAGCAAACGCCUUAAGGUAUGCAACUUAUUUUGUAGCAAGACAGUGAGUACCGGGUAUCGAAUAGUCGGCAGCUUCGACUAUAAGGUUCUUUCUUGUUUUUAAUCUAUAUGAAUGGUAUUUCCAAAAGACCAUUGUAAAGGUGUUGUGCUUUUCUAGAAUUUUAUUAGUAGGAACAUCAACUGAAUGAUAAACGAAAACCCAAAAGUAAAGUUUAUUUUUUGUCACAAUAACAGAACGUUAUGAUAAAAGCAAAUAGCUAUAUAUAGAAUAUAUUAUAUACAUGAAUUGAAUACCUUUUAUACGUGCACUGACAUAAUUACUUACGAGUAUAUGUAAAAAAUUCAAUCAACCAAGCUAAGCAGAAAAGAAACUUUAUUCAAAAUAUUCUUUUAAUCCGGUUUCGAUAAUUUAACGCUACUGAGUUCGUUUUAUACCUCUCCGUCUAUCCUGAACUAAAAGCACUAAUACUAGGUGUUUCCAUCGAAUAGUUUUUCUUCUAACUAUCUUGUUUAUUAUUUUCCAAACAAUUAAACAAAAAAUCAAAAGCUUAUCAUAAAAAUAUAUUUAUAGUAACAAAACGAUAAAAAAAAAACACAAACAAAAAAAUUAUAAAGUUUUGCUGUGAUGUACGUUAUAUAUAUUUAAUUACAUAAAAUGCAAUAAAAUUUAAAACAUAUAAUGCAUAAUUCCAAAUUAUUACAACAAAACAAAAGAAAAACCAAAAACAAAACAAAAAAAAUGAAGAAUGAUUAUGAAAUACAAAAACAUUUUAUGCAUGAGAAUUUCUCCAAAACAAAAACAAAUAAAAAACAAUAUGUACGACAUACUAUAACAUCUACACUUGUCUAGAAAUUAUGCAAUUUUAAAUGUGACUAUUAUUUUACAUUUUUGUAGCAAGAACCGAGACACUCUCUUCUAGUAAUUGUAAAUCAGUUAACCAUAGUAUUAAACAAACGUUUUUCAGUGGCAUUGUAACGGUGAGCGGGCGUUUUUAAUGUUAAUUGCAAUAAUUUCAAUUUUCGGUUUUGUAUUAACUCGCAAAAUUUCAAUAAAAUUCAAUGAACGUCAAUAAAA